CCGGGCGCGCGCCGCUGCGAGGGGCGUCCGGGUCCGGGUUGGCGGACCCGGCCUGCGCGAGGUGCCGGCGAGCGGGCCCGGGGUUCCGGGGCGAACACACGAGCACACGCUCCCGGAGGAGCCUUUUCCGAGGCUGCUCUUCCUCGGCCAGACGGAGAGCGGCAGUGUCUCCCCGCCCAGCGCUCACUCGCCCCGCGUCUCCCCCCGCGGCGACUGCUUCUCCUCGGCACCGCCAGCCCCAGCGCCGCUCCGGGGCGGGCGGCGGCGGGACCCGCGGAGCCGCUUUGUGUGCAGCCCGGAGAGGGGCGGCGGCGCAACCACCUGACAGAGGCCCGGGCUCUCGAUGCACCUUCCGCCCGCAUGAGGAGGAGAGGCCGGUAGAGGACUGUGAAAGAAAAGUUGUCCCCCAGGAUGGACUUCUCGACCGCGCAGCCCAAGCCUGCCCCUGCCCUCUGUGGCGUCGUGAGUGCCGACGGGAAGAUCGCUUACCCUCCGGGGGUAAAGGAGAUCACCGACAAGAUCACCACCGACGAAAUGAUCAAACGACUGAAGAUGGUAGUCAAAACUUUUAUGGAUAUGGAUCAGGAUUCAGAAGAUGAAAAACAGCAGUAUCUCCCACUAGCCUUGCAUCUAGCAUCGGAAUUUUUUCUCAGGAAUCCCAAUAAAGAUGUGCGUCUCCUUGUAGCAUGCUGUUUGGCUGACAUCUUUAGAAUCUAUGCCCCAGAAGCUCCAUAUACUUCCCACGAUAAACUUAAGGACAUAUUUUUGUUUAUUACCAGACAAUUAAAGGGUUUGGAGGAUACAAAGAGUCCGCAGUUUAAUAGAUACUUUUAUUUAUUAGAGAAUUUAGCUUGGGUUAAAUCAUAUAACAUCUGCUUUGAAUUGGAAGAUUGCAAUGAAAUUUUUAUUCAGCUUUUUAGGACUCUCUUCUCAGUGAUCAACAAUAGCCACAAUAAGAAGGUACAAAUGCACAUGCUAGACUUGAUGAGUUCUAUCAUCAUGGAAGGUGAUGGAGUUACUCAAGAAUUAUUGGACUCCAUUCUUAUUAACCUCAUUCCUGCACAUAAGAACUUAAAUAAACAGUCCUUUGACCUUGCAAAAGUCUUAUUGAAAAGGACAGUCCAGACUAUUGAGGCAUGCAUUGCCAAUUUUUUCAAUCAAGUCCUGGUGCUGGGAAGAUCAUCAGUAAGUGAUUUGUCAGAACAUGUAUUUGAUCUGAUUCAGGAACUUUUUGCUAUAGAUCCUCAUUUAUUAUUAUCUGUCAUGCCGCAGCUUGAAUUCAAACUGAAGAGCAAUGAUGGAGAAGAGCGAUUAGCUGUUGUUCGACUUUUAGCUAAAUUAUUUGGUUCUAAAGAUUCCGAUUUGGCAACACAGAAUCGUCCUCUGUGGCAGUGUUUUCUUGGACGAUUCAAUGACAUUCACGUUCCUGUGAGAUUAGAAAGUGUGAAAUUUGCGAGUCACUGUUUAAUGAAUCACCCAGAUUUGGCAAAGGAUCUCACAGAAUACUUGAAAGUUAGAUCACAUGAUCCAGAAGAAGCUAUUCGUCAUGAUGUCAUUGUUACUAUAAUAACAGCUGCCAAAAGAGACCUUGCCUUAGUAAAUGAUCAGCUACUUGGCUUUGUAAGAGAAAGAACACUGGACAAACGGUGGCGAGUAAGAAAAGAAGCUAUGAUGGGUCUGGCUCAGCUUUAUAAGAAAUACUGUCUUCAUGGUGAAGCAGGAAAGGAAGCUGCAGAGAAAGUCAGCUGGAUAAAGGACAAACUUUUGCAUAUAUAUUAUCAGAAUAGCAUCGAUGACAAACUGUUGGUAGAGAAAAUCUUUGCUCAGUAUCUUGUCCCCCACAACCUGGAAACAGAAGAGAGAAUGAAAUGCUUGUAUUAUUUAUAUGCUAGUUUGGAUCCAAAUGCUGUCAAAGCUCUCAAUGAAAUGUGGAAGUGUCAGAACAUGCUUAGAAGUCAUGUACGAGAACUAUUGGAUUUGCACAAGCAGCCUACGUCUGAGGCUAACUGUUCUGCCAUGUUUGGAAAACUGAUGACCAUAGCAAAGAAUUUGCCUGACCCUGGGAAAGCACAAGAUUUUGUGAAGAAAUUUAACCAAGUCCUCGGUGAUGAUGAAAAACUGCGGUCUCAGUUGGAGUUGUUAAUCAGUCCAACCUGUUCGUGCAAACAGGCAGAUGUUUGUGUGAGAGAAAUAGCCCGGAAACUUGCAAAUCCUAAGCAGCCAACAAAUCCUUUUCUAGAAAUGGUCAAAUUUCUGUUGGAAAGAAUUGCACCUGUGCACAUUGAUUCAGAAGCCAUCAGUGCACUGGUAAAACUAAUGAAUAAAUCAAUAGAGGGGACAGCAGAUGAUGAAGAGGAGGGUGUAAGUCCAGAUACAGCUAUUCGUUCAGGACUUGAACUUCUUAAGGUUCUGUCUUUCACACAUCCUACCUCGUUCCACUCUGCAGAGACAUAUGAGUCCCUGUUACAGUGCCUCAGAAUGGAAGAUGACAAGGUAGCAGAAGCUGCUAUACAAAUUUUUAGAAAUACAGGCCACAAAAUAGAAACAGACCUACCCCAGAUACGAUCGACCUUAAUUCCCAUCUUACAUCAGAAAGCAAAGAGAGGUACUCCCCACCAAGCAAAACAGGCCGUUCACUGUAUACAUGCCAUAUUCACAAAUAAAGAAGUACAGCUUGCACAGAUUUUUGAGCCACUCAGUAGGAGUCUCAAUGCUGAUGUACCAGAACAACUUAUAACUCCAUUAGUUUCAUUGGGCCACAUAUCUAUGUUAGCACCAGAUCAGUUUGCUUCCCCAAUGAAAUCUGUAGUAGCAAAUUUUAUUGUGAAAGAUCUGCUAAUGAAUGACAGGUCAACAGGUGAGAAGAAUGGGAAAUUAUGGUCUCCAGAUGAAGAGGUUUCCCCUGAAGUACUAGCAAAGGUACAGGCAAUUAAACUUCUGGUAAGGUGGCUGUUGGGUAUGAAAAACAACCAGUCUAAAUCUGCCAAUUCAACUCUUCGGUUAUUAUCAGCGAUGUUGGUUAGUGAGGGUGACCUGACAGAGCAAAAGAAGAUCAGUAAAUCUGAUAUGUCUCGCUUGCGAUUAGCUGCUGGUAGUGCCAUAAUGAAGCUUGCUCAGGAACCUUGUUACCAUGAAAUUAUAACCCCAGAACAGUUUCAGCUCUGUGCGCUUGUUAUUAAUGAUGAGUGCUAUCAAGUAAGGCAGAUAUUUGCUCAGAAGCUACAUAAGGCACUUGUGAAGUUACUCCUCCCAUUGGAGUACAUGGCGAUCUUUGCCUUGUGUGCCAAAGAUCCUGUGAAGGAGAGAAGAGCACAUGCACGACAGUGUUUACUAAAAAAUAUCAGUAUACGCAGGGAGUACAUUAAACAGAACCCCAUGGCUACUGAGAAAUUAUUAUCACUGUUGCCUGAGUAUGUAGUUCCGUAUAUGAUUCACCUGCUAGCCCAUGAUCCAGAUUUUACAAGAUCACAAGAUGUUGAUCAACUUCGUGACAUUAAAGAGUGCCUAUGGUUCAUGCUUGAAGUUUUAAUGACAAAGAAUGAAAAUAACAGCCAUGCCUUUAUGAAAAAGAUGGCAGAGAACAUCAAGCUAACAAAAGAUGCCCAGUCUCCAGAUGAAUCCAAGACAAAUGAAAAACUUUAUACAGUGUGUGAUGUGGCCCUGUGUGUUAUAAAUAGUAAAAGUGCUUUGUGCAAUGCAGAUUCACCAAAGGAUCCGGUCCUUCCAAUGAAAUUUUUUACACAACCUGAAAAGGACUUCUGUAAUGACAAGAGUUAUAUUUCAGAAGAGACAAGAGUACUUCUGUUAACAGGAAAGCCAAAACCUGCUGGAGUACUAGGUGCGGUAAACAAGCCUUUAUCAGCAACGGGAAGGAAACCAUAUGUUAGAAGCACGGGAGCUGAGACUGGAAGCAAUAUUAAUGUAAAUUCAGAGCUGAACCCUUCCACCGGAAAUCGAUCAAGGGAACAGAGUUCAGAGGCAGCAGAAACUGGAGUUAGUGAAAAUGAAGAGAACCCUGUGAGAAUUAUUUCUGUGACACCUGUAAAGAAUAUUGACCCAGUAAAGAAUAAGGAGAUUAAUUCUGAUCAGGCUGCCCAGGGCAACAUCAGCAGUGACCGAGGAAAGAAAAGAACAGUAACAGCAGCUGGUGCAGAGAAUAUCCAACAGAAAACAGAUGAGAAAGUAGAUGAAUCAGGACCACCUGCCCCUUCAAAACCCAGGAGAGGACGUCGACCCAAGUCUGAAUCUCAGGGCAAUGCAACCAGAAAUGAUGAUAUAAAUAAACCUCUUAGCAAGGGAAGAAAGAGAGCCGCAGUCAAUCAGGAAAGCCCUGGAGGUUUGGAAGCAGGUAAUGCCAAAGCACCCAAACUGCAAGACAUAGCCAAAAAGGCAGCACCAGCAGAGAGACAAAUUGACUUACAAAGAAGCCAAGUGCUCGGAAGUGAUGGCGAUUCACUUUGGGACAUAGAAUCAAGUCCAGGAAAUUCUUCCAGUGAUCUGGAUCGUUUAAAAGUCUGUGAGAGCAGCCAGGAAGAUACUGAGGACUCAGAGCUAGUAAAGGGAAGCUUCCUGAAGGUAAAAAGAAAAUUCAUUUGCAAAGGGAGAAAAUGAAGGCCAAACAAAAGCAGGCUCUAGCUUCUGCAAAAACUUGGAUUCAGAAUGACCCUGAACAGAAAAUGAAGUUAACUUCAAAACACACUUUCUGCCUUGAAAACUGAAAAAAGCUAUUACUUCCUUUUUUCACUUGACCACAAGUCCUUUGAUGGAAAUGUACAGCAGAAACUCUUGAGAGAGAGGCUAAAAGCAACUCUGUUCUACCCUCCCCCCAGACUUUUCUUAUGAAAAGUCAAUAAUUAAGCAAAUUGCUUAACACUUGGUUCCAGUUCCUGCAUAUCUGGAGUUUAACAGCAUAAUACACCAUUAAUUUCCAUGCUGCAGUCUUUAUUUUAAAGAAAUUAAUAGGAUGUCCUUACACUGACAGUGAGAAUUCAUCAAUUUUAGAGCCAGGAAUUUCCCAUGUUACACAAGAAAAAAAUAGAAGUCUACUGAAUUAAUUUUUUAGAAGAAAAGAGAUCAGAUUAAAUAUUUCUUUGUCUUUCCUUUUGGAAACUUUUAUGUAUAAUUCUUUCUGCCUGCCUACUUUUCUGCAAAAUGAGAUGUACAGAUUUCAGUUCCCUGCUAUGAAAAGUGAUGUGGUGGCAAUUUUAUAAAUGUUGCUUUCUGAUUUUUAUCAGAGUGAGAAAAUAAUUAAAAUUAUUGAUUUCAUAUCACUUCAUAUUUUGAUUUCCCCUCCAUUUUAGUUUAAUAUAAUUUGCAAUAAAUGUACAUAUUGUUGUUUCAUAAAGCAUAUCACUUUAAAGUGGUUUUUACUCCUGUGAUUAUGUUGGAAUAUUUGGAAUUUUAAAGGAGUAAAGACUGUCCAGCAUUUGGUUUUAUAAUGUUUGUCACCAGAUUUUUAUUAUUGAUGUAAAAAAAAAAAAAAGUCAAUUUUUUUAAAUAGUUGGACUCUGGCAGCUUUGUAAGGAAAGUGGGAGGAGUUUAGGAUUGCUAUCAGUUUUCAGCAUUGUGCUAUUGGGAAGUAAGUGCUUUGCUUUUUGUCUGCCAGUCCGGGCUCCGUUUUUAUGUUUAUUUUAGAAAACAACUGUUGCAUCAAUAUAUUGUUUCUUGGCAUUGUUCAGCAUAGGUAAUGUGUGCACUUUUUGUGUACACAUUCAUAUUUAAGUUUUUUGCAUAAAAUAAAUGCUUCUAGAUGUCAUAUGGUAGUCUUUUUUAAUCUUUUUAUAUUAUGUUUUCUUGUGAAAUUUUUUAUGUAAAAGGGCUAAAGUCAUAAAGAAACAAGGAACAUGAUUACAGUCAACUCUCCAUUAUCUAUAUAAAAUAGUGACUGCCUCAGGUUUUAGAUUUUCCAGUAAUCAUAAAAUUAAAAUAAUGAAGGCAUACCGUAAGAGCUAAUUCAGGAGGAACUUGAGAUUGGUCCUUUCUCACGCCCAGAGUUAUCACCUGCCCCCAUUCUCCACUUUAUGCUGUGCCCUUCCCCCUAAGCCCUAUCUGAAUGUGCUCAGUGUCCUUGCACACACCUAUCAUGGGUUCGAGGGCAUAAACGUUUGUGUGAUAACUUGGUCUUGACAGGCUGUAGUCUACAUGAUAUGUAAACCAAACGGUGAACGUGAGCUGUGUCCAAAAAAAAAAAAAAGGAUUAUGUUAAAUGCGAAAUUUUCUGGUAGUAAAUGUCACUUAUGUUCUCAUAGGUAAUCAAGAGUUGGCUGUAUACUGACUGAGUGAAAGAUGGGUAAUUCUUUUAAAUAUGCAUAUACAUACACAUUUAAGUAUUGGAUGAUGGCUAGGGAACAGUGGAUACCAGUGAUAGAAAAUAAUAUCUUUGAAAGGGCAGAAAGAGCUCUACUCUUCCUUAUUGCCUCUUCAUAACCCUUUAGAAGGAAAGUAUAAAAUACUGCCUCCGGCAUGCUGAAAAAGAGUACCUAUGCAUAAGCAUCAGAGAGGUCCCUCGAGCAAUCAGUGGGCUUGUUCUGUUUAGAUUCUGAAGCUCUCUUAGAAUCAGACAGCUUGAUUCUUAAAGGCCACCAAUUUGCCACCAAUAAAAAGCACACUGGUAGGGCCUUCUGUCUUUCAUCUAUCUCCUUUUAACUAAUUACCCAGCAUCAUAGCUGUCUCGAUUACCUAGCGUGAAGUCAUAUUUAACAUAAUGUAGCAGACCAUUCCCAUCAGUUAUGGCUGCUUAGAUUUUUGCAAGAGAGGAGUUAGCUAAAAGGAUCUGGUCCACAUACAUAUGUAAAUGGCCCACCCCUGAUUUUUUAAUAUAAGCAAGUAUUUGGCACUAAGGGAUGGGAGAGUAGGAUGAUAGACUGAGCUGAUGGGGAGGGACUUGUUUAAGGGAAACUUGUCAUUUUUCCUUUGAAAAAGGAAAAAGUAAAAAUCCCUUAGUAAUUUGGUAUUCACAUCUCAGAGAAAUACAACACAAAGUGCAGACUUACAUUUGAGAAUUAAUGUUAACCCUUUGUGUCUAGUUUGAAGCUUCUUGUAUUUGUCUAAAACUACAAGCCAGAAUUUUGUAUCUCCUUUGAUAAAAAGUGUGUAUAAUGUAAAGUAGUUUUGCAUAUUCUUGUGCUGCACAUGGGCUUAAUUUUUUUAAAAAAUUUUUAAAGACUUGAAGAGAACCUUGUAAUUUGUGUAAAUGACAAGUGUAAAAUCCUACCAUAAAAUGCUAAAAAUAUGCAUUGUUUCAAAUAAAACCAAGAAAUGCAGCAUUA